AUUCGCAGUCUGGCUUUCACAACGAGAGCAUGGAUGAUAUCGAGGAACGGCUGCGCAGCCAUGCGCAGGCAUUCGACGGUCUGCUUUCCUUGAUCCCCGCCAAAUACUAUUACGGCGAUGACAAUAGCGAUCAAUGGCAACGGAAAAAACAGACCAAAGAGCAAGCCCGCGAGGCUAAGCGUGCAAAGUUGGACCCCGAAUCCGGCAAGACCGCCAAAGACGUGAUGGAUGAGAAUGCUCGCAAGCGCAAGCGUGAGGAUGGGACCCUCGAGUCUGAUUCGUCCGAUGAAGAGCUCGGCUCUGAAAAUCCUAGAGAGGGACUGAACCGAGGCGAUAAGACCAAGAAGCAAAAGCAGCAAGAAAAGUCGGAGGCCGCUUCCAAAAACAAGUCAGAGGACGCAGAGGCUCGCAAGAAAUUGAAGGAGGAGAAGAAGGAGAAGAAGAAGGCCGCCCAAAAGGAAAAGAAGAAGGCAAAAGACAGUGCCAGGAAAGAGAAGGUUCAAAAUGAGAAGCAGACGGAGACGGCCACCGAGACUUCCGAGCAGCCAACUCCCAAGGCGAACGGCACUGCUGCUGAACCCGAAGACUCAGACGACGAGGACGACGACGAUGUCGAAGGCGUUCCCGAGGCAGGAUUUUCUAUCGAGUUUAACGACCAGCCCGAAGACCCCUCAUCCGCCUCAUCUGCUCGCAAUUCUCCCGGCUUUGAUGCCUCGAAUCCUCAGUCGGGCAGCUCCUCCACAUCCUCCAUUGUUCCCCCCUCCGCCACCGAUGCCAAGUCCACCGAGCCUAAGGCUCUUAAGCCCACGCCAGAAGAUCUCAAGCAGCGCUUGCAAAAGCGCCUGGACGAACUUCGGGCGAAACGUCAAGCGGAUGGACUCAACGGCAAGCCUGCACGUAACCGCCAAGAGUUGAUCGAAGCCCGUCGGCAAAAAGCCGAGCAACGGAAAGCACACAAAAAGGAGCUGCGCCAAAAGGUCAAGGAGGAUGAACAGCGCGAAAAGGAUGAAGCCAUGACCCGCCGUUUCUCUCCCGGUGGCUCGGGAUCCCUCCUGGCGUCUCCUCGCUCCCCUGCCGAGUCGGUUGGUUCUUCCAGCAACAACUUCUCCUUCGGUCGUGUUGUCUUUGCCGAUGGCCAGCACGCUGAUGCUACCCUGUCAAACAUCCGCGAUCAGCCGCAGAAGCACGGUGCCACAGAUGCCGCUGCCCAGCUCAAGGCCGCCGAGGCCAAGAAGGCCCGUCUCGCUGAGAUGGACCCGGAGAAGCGCGCUGAGCUCGAAGAAAAGGACCGCUGGCUCAAUGCCAAGAAGCGUGCUCACGGUGAACGCGUGCGCGACGACACCUCUCUCCUCAAAAAGGCCCUCAAGCGCAAGGAAACCGCAAAGAAGAAGUCCGAACGUGAGUGGAAAGACCGUCUUGACACUGUCUCUCGUAUGAAGGACAAGCAGCAAAGCAAGCGUGAAGAGAACCUUCGCAAGCGCCGUGACGAGAAGGGCAACAAGGGUGGUAAGAGCAAGAAGCCUGCCGGCGGUGGCAAGAAGAAGGCCAGACCCGGCUUUGAGGGCAGCUUCAAGGCCAAGACUGGCGGCAAGAAGAAAUAA